GCCUGGCCAUGACUUCCUACUAUCGACAGUCGUCUGCCACCUCGUCCUUCGGGGCCCUGGGCAGCGGCUUUGGGACGCGCGGUACCUUCCGUGCGCCCAGCAUCCACGGGGGCUCCGGUGGCCGCGGGGUGUCCGUGUCAUCCGCUCGCUUCGUGUCCUCAUCCUCUGGGGGAUACGGCGGUGGCUAUGGGGGCGUCCUGGCCGCGCCCGACGGGCUGCUGGCAGGCAACGAGAAGUUCACCAUGCAGAACCUCAACGACCGCCUGGCCUCCUACCUGGAGAAGGUGCGCGCCCUGGAGGAGGCCAACGGGGACCUGGAGGUGAAGAUCCGCGACUGGUACCAGAAGCAGGGGCCCGGGCCCUCCCGGGACUACAGCCACUACUUCAAGAUGAUCGAGGACCUGCGGGAGCAGAUUCUUGGUGCCACCAUUGAGAACUCCCGGGUUGUCCUUCAGAUUGACAACGCCCGUCUGGCUGCUGAUGACUUCCGGACCAAGUUUGAGACAGAGCAGGCUCUGCGCAUGAGCGUGGAGGCCGACAUCAAUGGCCUGCGUAGGGUGCUGGAUGAGCUGACCCUGGCCAGAGCCGACCUGGAGAUGCAGAUCGAGAGCCUGAAGGAGGAGCUGGCUUUCCUCAAGAAGAACCACGAGGAGGAAGUCAGUGUCCUGAGAGGCCAAGUAGGUGGCCAGGUGAGCGUGGAAGUGGAUUCUGCACCAGGCAACGACCUAACCAAGAUCCUGAAUGAUAUGAGAAGCCAAUAUGAGGUCAUGGCUGAGAAGAACCGGAAGGAUGUUGAAGCCUGGUUUAUCAGCCGGACUGAGGAGCUGAACCGAGAGGUUGCAGGACACACUGAGCAGCUCGAAGUCAGCAAGACGGAGAUCAAGGAUCUGCAGCGAACCCUCCAGGGUCUGGAGAUAGAGUUACAGUCGCAGCUGAGCAUGAAAGUUGCUCUGGAAAACACACUGGCAGAGACAGAGGCCCGCUAUGGGGCCCAGCUGGCACAGAAACAGGCGUUGAUCAGCAGUAUUGAGGCCCAGCUGAGCGACGUGCGUACUGACGCUGAGCGGCAGAAUCAGGAGUACCAGCAGCUCAUGAACAUCAAGUCGCGGCUGGAGCAGGAGAUCGCCACCUACCGCAGCCUGCUGGAGGGCCAGGACGCCCACUAA